AUGAGUCGGACUGCGCCAGAACCGCUAUCUCUCACGCCCGGAGACUCGCUUGGCCCGUUCCAGCUCGGCAGUCUGCUCUUCAACGUGCUCAAUCACGUCAGAUCGUAUCGCUCGAGCUAUCCUUCUGCCAAACUCGCAUGGGACGACGAGAACCCCUCCGACUCGCCGAUUCACCUCACCCUCACGACCCCGCCUCUGCACCUGACCUUCUCUUCCCUCUCGCAACGCCUCACGCGCAUCGAAGUCCUCGGAGUGUCGCCUGCAGCAUGGGUCGCAUAUCGAGAGAAGAGGCUGUCGGGCGACGACCCGGACGACGAGGACGAGGAUGUCGUGCGGACAGUGAGGCGCAUCAUGGGACCGACGUACGGGAGCUCGAAGGUUAAGGGCGACAUGAACGGCGCGGGACGGGCCGAGGAGGAGAUACUGAGCUACCCGGGCGUGGCCUUCAGGGUUGCGCGGAGCGACGGCGGUUCAGCAAUCAGCCGCAUCGUCGUUACUCCUCUAUCUGCACCUGAAGACGUGCCCGUCGACCAGGCUUGGCUGCACCCGGUCUUGCCUGACAACCCGUCCGUCGCAAAGGGGGACUUGCGACUCGCCGAGAUUCAGCUCGCCUCGUCCCGCUCGCCAGCGAUCGUACGCCUCAACUUCCACUCAUCGCCCGACCAGCCGUUGGCCUCCGUCGAGCUCAAGAUCGGCGAGACGACCAGCGAAGACAUCCUCUGCGAGCUGGGCAGUGCUAUACGGACGUUUUGGAAGGAGGAUGACCGACUAACUAUCCACACGGCGUCCGUCGAGUCGUCAAAUUCGUCUGCAAACCCUGCCUUACAGCCCAACCCCUACUUCCUCUCCUACCCACACCUCGGUCUCACUCUCCUCGUCUCCUCCUCCUCCACCCCUCACACCCUCGAGAAAGUCAUCCUUCACUCGAACCUGCCGGGCGAAGUCCAGUUCGGGCGGACAACGCGGGCGGCUUGGGCGUUAGUGCGCGACGGGGAGCGCGUCGGCGUCGAGGAUGGGUGGAAGAGCGUGAAGGCAUGCCUUGAGGGACGCGGAAACGGUGCGACAAGGACGCCUUCGCCGCUUGCGACUGGUCAGGCGGGCAAGAAGGGCAAGAUGAGCGGAGUCAAGGAGACGAAUGUGGAGGACUUGCUCGGGAUCGAGUCGGCUGCGGGGUCGCCAAACGAACGUGGUGAAGCGCUGGGAGGACGCGGCGACGAGAAACCCAUGGUGCUGGACCGGACGGCGGGAGAGGGCAGGGGAGGGGUCAAGGGCAAGCCGACGGAGAUCCACGGCUUCCCCGGCAUCGCCCUCGAGGUCACGCAGUCGGGCGACAUCGAGACGGUCUGGUUGUUCUGA